UUGUAACGUUCUUGAAGCUCCCUUUUUAGUACGCGCUACAUGUAUAGUCGUACUACACUGGAAGUUUACAGACAGACAAGUUAACUGUCGCGCGGUGCUUAUACAAGGACACUAGAGUUUGCAUUUAAGAUUGUCCAGCAGUGACAUUUCUGCAAACGUACAUGUCACAUUGCCGAUCGAGGUCGUUCUGGACAACUUCAUUCGGGGACAAUUAUGGGAUCGGGACAAAGCAUCUGCCGCAGCGAGGCGAAACUGGAUGGGAAGACUGUCAUCGUCACAGGGUCAAACACGGGCAUCGGCAAGGUCACUGCGAAAGACUUGGCCAGGAGAGGUGCAAGGGUGAUCAUGGCCUGUCGUGACAUGACCAAGGCUGAAGCUGCCGCUUCGGAGAUUCGGAACGAGACUGGGAAUGAGAACGUGGUGGUGGAGAAAUUGGACCUGGCUUCGCUCGCCUCCGUGCGGGAAUUCGCGACCAAGAUCAACCAGCAGGAGGGACAACUGGACAUCUUGAUCAAUAAUGCUGGUUCGAUGUACUGCCCUCCGUGGAAGACUGCAGACGGUUUCGAGAUGCAGUUUGGCACGAACCACCUCGGCCACUUCCUCCUCACCAAUCUCCUACUGGAUAAGAUCAAGGCCUCCGCCCCGAGCCGCAUCGUUGUGGUGUCCUCAAUCGCCCACGAAUCAGGAAGGAUGUACUUUGAUGACCUCAAUCUGACCAACAACUAUGGACCAAACCGAGCCUACUGCCAGAGCAAGCUGGCUAACGUGCUGUUUGCUAAUGAGCUGGCCAGGAGGCUGGAAGGAACUGACGUGAUCGUGAGCUCCCUCCACCCGGGCGUCAUCGAGACGGAGCUGCAGCGAAACAUGGCGGAGGGAUGCGGGUGCGUGUACACCUGCUGCAAGUGCUGCUUCUGGUGCAUGGUCAGGUCCUUCGGCAAGAAUCAGUGGGAGGGUGCGCAGACGACCAUUUACUGCGCCGUUGACGAAAACAUUGAGAAAUCUGGUCUCUACUACUCUGACUGUAGGCCGAAGCGGGCGGCUCGGCAGGCCAGAGAUGAGGCAGCAGCCAAACGAUUGUGGGACCUCAGUGAGGAGAUGGUCGGGCUCAAGAAGGACUGAAGAACGGAUUACUACCUGGUUUAAACAGUCACUGUGGUUGUUACAUGCAUAUAACGCUGACUAGUGUGUUGUAUAGUUCUGAUUGUUAGAUGUCGGUCUGCCUAAAUACCACAAACGACCACAAACGACUCGGAAAUACCACAAACGACUCUAAAAUGCAGUGUAUAUGGGU